UCCGGGGGCGGAGGAGGCCGUAGUGCGGAGCAAGAUGGAAGGCGCGUUGGAGCAUCAUUUAGAAGACACAAUGAAGAAUCCUUCCAUUGCGGGAGUCCUGUGUACCGAUUCUCAGGGACUAAACCUGGGCUGUCGUGGCACCCUUUCAGAUGAGCAUGCAGGCGUGAUAUCUGUUCUGGCGCAGCAAGCAGCCAAACUAACAUCUGAUCCAACAGAUAUUCCUGUUGUUUGCCUGGAAUCAGAUACUGGUAAUAUCAUGAUCCAGAAACACGACGGCAUCACAGUGGCAGUGCACAAAAUGGCAUCUUGAUCUCACCUGCAGUGUGUCUUCUUGCCCUUCAGCAGCUCACUGUUGUGGACCGUGCUCUUCUCCUGCACAUUUCAUACAGAUUGUAUAUCGUGUCAUUAGAAAGAACCCAGUUGCUUCUGACUGUAAAUACUUUCCCUGUAAGUUCACAUGGGAGUCUGGUUGAUCUUAAUAUCUGAUGCUUCAUACUACCAAACCUGGAAAGCUUUUCUGCUGUGCAGUUGCAGAAACACCUGGC